CUAGCACUGAGAUCCAUACCCGCCGAGUCCGGCUUGUUCUCACCAACUUUAACUUUGUUGCUCUGACUUUCGAAGUACUGUGCGUAGGAGUCGCUUUACCGGGCCAUUCUCUUGGCUAAGAUCUUGCCAUUCAUCACGCUAGCUGACACAGGAACGGGAUUUCAAUCACUGAGCUGCGGUUAAGUUCUGGAUAGUGUCGAUCCUGUAACAAGAUGAGUCCAGCAAUGUCAUACGGUCUUCUCGUGUUCGGAGUGGCCGUUCUGCCUGCUGUGAACGGACAAUGCAUCAAUGUUACACUUCCCAACAUUCUCAACUUGGGAGAGUGCCUUGGAACCACUCUGAGAGCCUGUCCUGACACGUCGGCGGGCCUGAUACCAGACCUCACUCGUGUCCUUGGGUGCGUACUCCAGAUUUUGCCUCAGGUUGGAAGCCCAGUCUCCGUGCUCUUCAACGUCGUCGGUCUCCUUGAAGCUGUUUUGUCUAGGCUGGGCCUGUCUGGUGAUAUCGGGGGUCUUACUGACAUCCUCUGCAAUCCCCUUGGAAUCCCGCUGUUCAGUUGCGGCGAAUUCAGUCCAGGAAACAUCGCCUGCCAAGAACCUCUCCAGAUCAGCCUGCCCAGCGUGUUCAACGUCGGAGCGUGUCUGAACCGGACCCUUUUGUUCUGCGAAGCCGGAUCCACAAUUUCGGACCCCAUCCUGACAGAACUGUUCCAAGCAGUCGGGUGCAUUCUGAGUGCUGCUCCGGAUGGUCUGCAACUGGACCUUGUCUCGAGCCUGGUGUGCCCCCUGGUUGACAUCCUCAACUCGUCCCUGAACGAGUUCACCUCGCUACUGCCGUUCCGAUUCCUGACGCGAGGAAUCACCAACGCUGUCAACUCCCUCACCAACAACCUGCUUGGGGCCGUCGGUAACUGUAACAAAUAGCUUUUACGAACCAACUGUGCCUGAGCUCAGCCCGCCUGCCGGAAGCAGGAGGAAAAUGAGGAAACCAUCAACGCCAUUUUGCGGAGUACAGUAGGAGCUGCCAUACUCAUCAACACUAGCAGAGUCAGGAACCACUACCACAAGACCUGCCAGCAGUCAUCAUGUCCUGCUCCAUACAUGAGGUCCUGGAUGCGCCAUCAUGCCAAACAAAGAAGAAAAUCUUGAAGGAGCAUGAGGACGCUCCCAAAAGCGUCCAAAAACAGCAUCGUCUUAAUCUGGGCAGAACCGUGGGCCCUGCGUCUCAUAGACGCUCAACUACAGCGAGGAAAUGACUGAACGUCUGCCGGUCGCGGCUCAAGCAUUUGACGUUUGAUUCGUCUGGUUCUUGGUGAAUAAAGUGAAUUAUUGU